AUGGUUGUCGCUUUCGAAAACUCCCGCAGUCAAGGCGCAACUUCGAAGAGAGCGGGUUUGGCGCAUCGCCAGCCCAGCUCGGUUCCGGCAUUUCCACUGUCGUCGCCUCAUCAAGAGACUCUUACGACGUUCAAACCCAUCAAGGGCGGCAUCACAUUGGCACCAAAAGAUACCUUCUUCUCCCCGAACCCCUUCGCUUCCAGCUCUUCCGACGAUGACACCGGAUCUUCUAGUGGGCAGGAUGAAUUCCAUCUUGAGAGAUACAGUCAGGAGACGGCCAGAAAUGGACAAUCCUCACGACCGAGUCGCAAGCAGUCUAGUCGACGAAAGCAUCAGCCGCAGCCGGCCGGAGCACGACUCGACAAAAAGACUCGUCCAGGGCUGAACAUUGUCACCAACUUCUCAGGGCAGCCAAAAAGGGCCCAAACUGAUGGACUUGUUAUUGACCAAGUACAAUCCCAGAGACCUCGACUUGGCCCGAGAUACGCCACAUCCAUCAUGUCAGCUAAAGCUGAGCAUGUAAGCCACUCGGCGCCGGAACCUUAUGCAAUUAACGCUCCAGACGGAUCGCCAAAUCAGAAGACAGAGGAUUUGAAGAGGAUCAUUGCCCGACAAGCUGUUUCAAAGUUGCAAGAAUCGCAAGCAGCGCGAAAGGCGAGGGCGGAGUCAAGCUCGGCGGGAAUGAUGGACGCUGGAGAACAAAUUCGUGGAAUUGCCAAAGAGGAGGAGCUCCGAGGGCCCGCCAACGCCAUAAAUGAUUACUCUCCAGGUGCUCGGUCAAUCGUUAUAGGAAUGAGUGUGCCUGAACAUGAGGUGGAUGCACACCGUUCUGUUGGUGGAGCAAGCACUGUCUACUCCGCGAACACACCCGACACACCUGCAAUUGUGGUCACUCCAGCCGAAGAGACAGACUCGUGGAAACCGCCCUUUUUCAGCAAAGGUCGCCCUGUAUCGAGCACGUAUUCUUCGCACACUCGCAGUGAAACGCAGAUUCAGCACAGUCGCUUGCCACCAGUGCCCAAAAUCCCUUUGAGGCAUGCACGACACGAUGACCAAGUUCAGCCAACGGCAGGUGCAAGCAUUGUUCGGUCCCCUCAAGGGCCUAAACCGAAGUACGCGGAGGACUAUGAUAGCGGUGAUGAACGAGACCGUCGAUCUUUGGAGGAGGUGUCAAGGAUGUCAUCCGAUAGCCAAGAACGAAUCCUCCCGUCAGACAUAGAAAGCAAGCGGCACAGGUCGCAGGGCUGGUGGAACCUUAUGCUCUCGCCCAUGCUUUCGAGGAAAGGGACGAUAGUGGAGAAAGUCAACAGCACGAGUCCUGAGACGCCUCCAGUUCCGUCACUGCCGGCCGAUAUACGGCCUUCCAAAAGUGAUAUCGUUUCUCCGCUCACCUCCGAAUCUCCUGAGACACCUCGCCGGCUCGGACUAGCAAGUGCCAGGGCAAGCAUUUGGUCUAGGUGGACAACAUGGGAAAGAGAAAGAGAUGGCAAGAUCCAAUCCCCUCCACCCAACCUGCCUCAUCCUGAUCUCGACCAACCUCGUGGUUUAGUACAAGAUGUCGACCCAACCUCAGCAUGGCCUGUGGUCGAUCUCACCAAAGGACUUGCAGCAGAAUACUAUCAUGCAUGUGCUGUCGAACAAUUGACCGGCGUUCCGUACUUUGAAUGCCAGAAUCAUUCUUGCGCCAGCCAAGAGCCAAAGCUACAUUCCGUUUUCGACAAGGAAGUGGCCUUGGAGCGGUCACAAGACGUUCCUACGUCGAGGCAAGCGGACAAUAAUAUUGAGGAUAACACUCACGUUCCUAAAAAUGAGGAGCGAGAGCUGAGGAGUGUCUUUUCAAUCCAUUCGGAGCCUGAGGAAUUAUCACCCAAUGUCAGACAAGCAGAAACCGCCGCUGUCGUCAAGGCAAAAUCUGUGGAGAGCCCGGACCUCAGUCAAGGGGAACCACAUCAGCAGGAGGCCAUCCUAUCAGCACCACGUGCAAUUGAAGGUUUACAGGUACAAGAGCGAUCGGUUUCCAAGACGGGGCAACCUAGUCGUGAAGCUCAGUAUCGCAGCAUCGCUGCUGUCGCGGAACAGCCGCCGAUAUUGUCACCAGGGCCUGUCUCUCCGGCAAUGCAGCAUACAAUGACAUCUCAGGGUGCCGUUCCGAUGACACAGAUUGAGCAACAACACAGUCAACCACGUUUGCUGGAGCAAACCGCACCAUCAGAUCAACAACACGUGCCGGCGCCAACGCAGCCACCAUCGGUCACAAUACAUAACCACACGUUUUAUAGUGAAAGAUUCGCAGGCAGAGAUGAUACCGCUGUACAGGAGGCAAGAAGAGAGGCCAUGGAGCGACUCGAAUCUACCGUCUCCGCGCGAGAAGUCAGCCAAAAGCAGGAAUUUGCAAGACAGGAAGUACCAAUCUCCCAAGAACCGGAAGCUACCAAAAAGGAAGGUCUGAUAACCAAACUGAAAAGGCUACUACGUCGAAGGCAGGCCGAUGAUCAGGACCAUGCGGACAAGAAGAAGAAACGCCGUUGGACGCUCAUCAUUUGCAUUAUUCUAUUCAUCGUGGUCCUGGCGUGUGUUCUGCUCGCCACUUUCCUCACCAGGGCAGGCGAUGGCACACCUGUGCAGAGCCAGUGGCUGAAUCUUACUGGCUAUCCUCCGAUCCCCACGGGCAUAUCCACUAUAGCCAGACCCGAUGCCGUCAAACAGCAGUCCCAGUGCGUUGGACCCAAUACGAUGUGGAGCUGUGCUCUGCCCAAGGAGGAGCAGUUCCAGGUGGUCCCCAACUCUCCAGACCAGCCGAACUUUCGAUUCGAGAUUACCUUUCGAAAUGGCACUGUACCAGCGAAUAUGACGGUGCCCGUCCAAGAGCUCAGGAAGAGGUCAGGGGCGCGCCUGCGAAGGCAGGCGGAUGAUCCCUUCACAAAUGAUCUUUUUGAUCCCAAUCCGGCGCCACCAAGCCGCGCGGACCAAAUCUUUAUGGGCAACACGACCGACAAUGUCACCCAGCCGUUCGAGGGGGAACAGACGCCUUUCUACAUCACGUUCAUCCCAGUGUUUCCUAUUGAUCCCUCAAAUGCCACGGCCACAGCAUCUAGCUCGACCGGCUCCAAGCUGCGAAGGCGUCAGUCGACGAAUUCCUCAAAUAUCAUCCCGGCGCCGGACGUCCUGAGCGAUGGCAGUGCCGCGCCUGCCAAUCUCCUUCCCGAGGAUCCAUACCCUUCAUCUCAGCCGGUCAACCUGUACAACAGAGGUCAAGCAGACGAGCACUAUGGCUUCUACAUCUACUACGACAAGGCGAUCUUCUUGCACUCGACAGCGGCUUUGAACACCUCGGAAUUCGCAGACGACAGUGGCAUCGACCCGGAGGACGAAAACGGUGGCUCCACCCGCGAUCAGUCUCGGUUGCGAUGCACCUUCAGCCAAACGAGAUUCUUGGUGCGCAUGUGGACGAACCCGGCCUUUGGCGCAACCCUAUUGCCUCCUGAUGCCUCCAAUAACGGUACCAACUCAAGCGAUGCAGCAGGGAGUCCAGGCAACUCAGCCACCGAUUUCAGUCGACCGGGUUCAUUCCCUUAUCCGACAACAAUCAGCAUCGAUCGACACGGGGGCAACAUCAACAAGAAAGCCGUGUACUGUUACGGGGUGGACCAAUUACAGGUCAUACAGUCGGAUGUCAAGGGGAUUGUGCCAGAGUUCCGAAGUGUUGGGGGCACUUUGAUCAAUGCGGCCCCGGGGCUGGUGAAUGGCACCAUCAGCGACGACCCCAAUUUCGAUCAGGAAGCAGGCGGGAUUGACGGGGGGACAGGGGGAUGUGAGUGCGUUUGGCAGAACUGGAACUGA